CGGUACAGCGGCGGCCUGGCCCGGACACAGCCUGAGCCAGGGUGAUGCUGAAGAUGAUGACAUUCUUUCAAGGCCUUCCAGGCCAGCAGCCUAUGCCAGGGACCCUUGACUUCCGUAGAAGCUCCCAGAAGUUGCCCUCCACGUCAGAGGUGGAGUCAGAAGCCUCCAUGUCAGAGGCCUCCUCUGAGGACCUGAUACCUCCCCCGGAGCCUGGGGUAGCCCCAGACAAGGAAGAGGAAGAAGCAUUGAAGAAGAAGAAGAAGAAGAACAAGCCAAAAGGGCUAGCUGGCAUGUUCAGUGUCUUUACCAAAGGGAAGAAGAAGAAGGGCCAGCUGAGCUCAGCGGAGCCAGAGAGUGAGCCUGAGACCACUCUGGGGCUGGAUGCCCCAUUGCCCUCAGUGGAGGAUCUCAAGGUGGCCCUGGAGCUUGGACAGCUGGAGGCGGCUCGGCCACUGCUGGCUUUGGAGCGGGAGCUGCAGGAGGCUGCCGCGGGCGGUGCGGGCGAGGAGGAGCUGGUGUGGCGUCAGAGCAAGGUGGAAGCGUUGUACGUGCUGCUGCGCGACCUGGUACUCAGUGUUCUGCGGCGGCCGCUGGAGGUGGCGCCUGAGCGGCUGCGCCAGGCUCUGGCCGUGGUGGUCGAGCAAGAGCGUGAGGAUCGCCAGGCGGCCGCGGCGGGGCCGGGGACUUCGGCGCUGGCGGCCACGCGCCCGCGGCGCUGGCUGCAGCUGUGGCAGCGCGGCGUGUUGGAGGCCGCUGAGGAGCGCAUGGGCGGGAGGCCGGCCGCGUGCGCCGAGGGCCGCUCGGAGGCUGAGAGCAGCUUUCUGCACAUGGGCCGCACCAUGAAGGAGGACCUGGAGGCGGUAGUGGAGAGGCUGAAGCCGCUGUUUCCUCCCGAGUUCAACGUGGUGGCGACCUAUGCCCAGAGCUACCAUGAGCACUUUGCGGCCCACCUGGCCGCCAUGGCUCAGUUUGAGCUGUGUGAGCGGGACACCUACAUGCUGCUGGUCUGGGUGCAGAAUCUCUACCCCAAUGAUAUUAUCAACAGCCCCAAGCUGGCAGAUGAGCUGCAGGGUGUCGGGCUGGGGAACCUCCUGCCCCCAAAGCAAAUCCGGCUGUUGGAGGCCACAUUCCUGUCUAAUGAGGUGGUCAAAGUGAAGGAGCUGAUGGACCGUGCCCUGAAGCUGGAGUCACAGCACUGGGUCCAGAAUGUGGCCCCCCAGAGGUUGGAUGGUCACUGCCACAGUGAGCUGGCCAUUGACAUCAUCCAGAUCAUCUCCCAGGCCCAGUCCAAGGCCGAGAGCAUCACCCCUGAAUUGGGCAUGCAGAUAAAGCAAGUGCUGCUGGCGGAGCUGUCUGCAUUCCUUAGGAGCUACCAGCGCACCUUUGAUGAAUUUCUGGAGAGAUGCAAACAGCUGAGCAAUUACAGGGCCAAUGUCAUUGCCAACAUCAACAACUGCCUGUCCUUCCGGACAGCCAUGGAACAGAAGUGGCAGGUCCCACAGGACCCCCUAAGGCCCCUGAAUGAGCUCAAGAGCCAUGGCUUUGACUCCCUGCUCCAGGACAUGUUCAUGGACCUGAAGACACUCUUUAAGAAAUUCACACAGACCCGCUGGACAACCCCAGCAGAGACCCUGGAGGAAAUCAUUGCCACCGUGGGUGGGAAGCUGUCUGAGUUCUCAGAACUGCAAGACUGUUUCCGGGAGGAGCUCAUGGAGGUCAUACACUUGCACCUGGUGAAGGAGUACAUCAUCCGCCUCAGCAAGCGGCGCGUGAUUCUCAGGACGGCCGAGCAGCAGCAGCAACUGGCAAAGCAUAUCCUGGCCAAUGCCGAGGUCAUCCAGAACUUCUGCACCCAGAACGGCUCCCCUGCAACCUGGCUGCAUCCGGCCCUCCCCAGGCUUGCUGAGAUCAUUCGCCUGCAGGAUCCCAGUGCUAUCAAGAUUGAGGUAGCCACUUAUGCCACCUGCUACCCCGACUUCAGCAAAGGUCACCUGAGCGCCAUCCUAGCCAUCAAGGGGAACCUAUCCCCCAGCGAUGUAAAAAGCAUCCGGAGUAUCCUCGAUGUCAACACAGAGGUGCAAGAGCCCUCCAGAUCCUUAUUUUCCCUUAUAAAGAGUCAAGGAAGAGCUACACCUAUCCUGCCUCCUUCAGCCAGGACCACAAAAAGCUGGGUUUGGCAAGUCUGGAAUUCAAGACAGAAUUGAAAGAAAAAAAGGUAAAGAACUGUUAUCUGGGGCCUGGAAAGGGACUUCUGGGGUCAUGUGGUAUGUUGGGAGCAGAGCCAGCAUCAGAGACUUCCGGAUUGCCCACCUGCUGGCUGCCCUGGGAGAUCAGACCUUGACCCCUCUCUACAAUCUAAAGGCUUUUUCCCCCAAAGGUUCCAAUGGGAGCCUUGGUGUUUACCAUAGCGGGGCCCAGGACCUCCUGGGUCUUCUUGGAUUUACCCUCCUGUUAUUUAGGGACAGGGCCCAGGGUGCCUUAAUGGGCCCUGCCACCUAAGUGUCUGGCUGAGGUCUGAGCAAGCUUGACCUCUGACUCCUUGGCCUCUGUAAUGGUUGCUUAUGUGUCAUAGACUUAGUGAAUUUCAGCAGGAACAUAUCCCAAAGUUGUUUCCUAUUGCUUCUGUGACACAUUUUCACAGACUUACUGGAUUACAACAGGAAGGUAUCCCACAGUUCUGUAGGUCGAAAGUCCAACAUGGGCCUAAAAUCAAGGUAUCUGAAGAGCCUUCUGGAAGAAUUCAUUACCUGGCCUUUACAUUUCCAGAAGCUGCUGAUAUGUCUUGAUUCAAGGUCCCUUCAUCUUCAGAGCUAGCAGGGAAUAGUUGAAUCCUUUUCCUAUCACAUCCGGGAGACCUCCUUUCCUCCCUCUGCCACUUAAGGACCCUUGUGAUGACCCUUGUGAUUAAGCUUACCCAGAUAAUACAAGGUCAUCUCCCUGUUUUAAGGUCAGCGGAUUAGCAACCUUAAUUCCAUCUGCAAUCUGACUUCCUAUUUGCCAUGUAACCAGCAUAGUCACAGACUGGGGAGUGGCACGUGGAAGCUUUAGGGAGGCUGUUCUGUCCACCAUGGGCUCUGCCUAUCCCCUGUCCUUCAGGGGACUUCAUUCUACCCCAGGAAAACAGGAGUUCAGUUUCCCUGCUCAGCUUCUGCCAUCCCACAGCCCCUUUCAGCACAGAAAGGGCAGUUCAGUUGCAAUUAUGCCUUGGACCUCUUGGGUUGUUCCCUUUUCCCAGGUACUGCCUUAUGGAAUUGUGGCCGAGAAUUGGCUGUUGUAAAUAUGCACAAGGUUUCUGUACAUUUGUAGUAAUUAGCAUGUUUGAUGUUAAUAUUGUUUUUGAUAGUACUGCUUUUGUAUGUGUAUAUUCAGAACAAGAUCCAAGUUUUUAU